GCCAAUCAAGAUGGUGGCCGUUUGAGCUGAGAGAUAUUAUAUGAAGGUCGACAUUAUUUGGAUAAGGUGACCGACCUAUCCAUAGAAGCACAAAAGAACGCACUGUUAGAUGAUUUUCCUGAAGACCGUUUGAUGGCUUCUUAGACAUAACUAGUAUUUAAUGCCCUGACCCUAAACGGAUCUCAGAGUGGACUAAUGGAGAAACGAGUGGUAAUCAUCGGAUCAGGAGUAAGUGGCCUUCUUGCCUGUAAGAACACACUCAAAAUCGGACUCAACCCGAUUGUGUUUGAAGCUGAAGAACGAAUUGGUGGAGUUUGGUCACAUACUCUAGAGUCAACCAGACUCCAAAACAGCAAAGAAAUUUACCAGUUUUCUGAUUUUCCGUGGCCUUCCUCGAUAAAAAACACGUAUCCCACUCACAAUCAAGUGAUGGAGUAUCUGGAAUCUUAUGCACAGCAUUUCAAUAUCUUUGCAUGCAUCAAGUUCAAUUCCAAGGUCAUUGGUAUAGAGUAUUUUGGAGAGUCUAACGAAGAGAUGGAUUCAUGGGCUCUUUGGAGUGGGACAGGCAAGCCCUUUGGCUCCAAAGGGAAAUGGCAUGUUAAAGUUCAAGACACAAAAAAUUGCAGCAUACAAGUGUAUCAUGCUGAAUUUGUAGUUCUUUGCAUUGGACAAUUCAGUGGCCUUCCAAAUAUUCCAGAGUUCCUUCCAAAUCAAGGACCUGAAGUGUUCAAGGGCAAGGUGAUGCAUUCAGAAGACUUCUCAGCCCUAGACAAUUCAACUGCUUCAGAAUUGAUCAGAACAAAGAGAAUUACAGUAGUUGGUUCUCAUAAAUCUGCAGUUGACAUAGCAGCAGAAUGUGCCAACGCAAAUGGAGUUAUGUACCCUUGCACAAUGAUUCAAAGGAAUGCCCACUGGUUUUUUCCCCGUGACAAUUUGAGUGGACUUCUGCUUGCUUUCCUGUGCUACAAUCGAUUCUCGGAAUUGUUAGUCUAUAAACCUGGUGAAACAUUUCUAUUAAGUUUUCUGGCCACCUUACUUGCACCCUUGAGAUGGGGAAUUUCAAAAUUCAUUGAGAUCUACCUUAGAUGGAAUAUUCCUCUGAAGAAGUAUGGAAUGUUACCAAAAUCCAGCUUUCUUGAAGAUAUAUCUUCCUGUCAGAUUGCGAUGCUGCCUGACAAAUUCUAUGACAGAGUUGAAGAAGGAAGCAUCAUUAUCAAGAAUUCACAAAGCUUAAGCUUCUUCCCAGAAGGUCUAAUUAUAAAUGGAGAAAAUCGUCCAUUUGAAACUGAUCUUGUGAUUUUUGCUACAGGAUUCAAGGGUGAUGAAAAACUGAAAAACAUUUUUGAGUCUCCAGUUUUCCAAAACUACAUAAUUGGGUCACCUACCACUACAGUUUCCCUCUACAGACAAAUAAUUCAUCCUCGAAUUCCUCAAUUGGCUAUAAUAGGAUACAGUGAGAAUUUCUCAAGUUUGGGUUACUCUGAAAUCGAAAGUGUAUGGCUAUCACAUUUCCUCGAUGGCAACCUUGAAUUGCCAAGUAUAAGAGACAUGGAAGAGGAAGCAAACAUGUGGGCAGAUCACAUCAAACAAGUUACAGGCCGCUACUUCAGGAGAGCUUGUAUUAGUAACUUUAACAUAUAUUACAAUGACCAGCUUUGCAAAGACAUGGGAUAUAAUCCUAGAAGAAAGAAAGGACUUUUAGCAGACUUGUUUAUACCAUAUACACCAACAGAUUAUUCAGGUCUCACCAGCAAGUGAGGUUUCCCGAACUUUGAGAAAGCUCCAUCACGAGUUAAAAACCAUGUAAUUGCAUGUAUAUGCUUGCUCCCGCAAGCUGUGAAAGGCAGAAAAUAAUUUAUGGCAAAGGGAUACCUUGGGUUUUAGUGGUUUUAAAAUUCCAGUUUAUAUCUACUUCGCUGCCUAAA